UUCACAAUUUAAACUGUGAUGUAAACCACUAGACUGCAGCAGUCCCCAUAGCAACAGAGGAGAGGGUGGCCAUCACAAAAGGCGCAGAGACAUGUAAUAAGUGAGGAUUCCGGAGUUCACAUCCCAAGCUGUUUAUAGUCUUAUAACACUAAAAACCAAGACCACACACAACACAUACACUAUCCUGUUCCAUGUCACAGAUUGAAACCAGAGAUACUCAAGUUGGCCCCAAUUUCCCAGGUACAUAUAUGGUACGGUCCACCCUCAUAAGAAAACCUUCACCAAUGGCUUCCCCCUCCCCUCUGUCUGGCAGGUACCACUCACUGCUGUGGGGGAGAUCUUUUCCAUCCACCACAAAUCCAGUGCUCAUUGUGACAGAAUUGCAGUGCACUGGACUGUACAGAGCAGGGUACCAUCCAGGCUGUUGUCUGUGAGGGGUGGGGUCCGGCUACACUGAUACCACCAAACAUAAGCUGACAGAGGGACACAGAGAGGCAGAAAAAGGGAGAAAAAAAGAGAGAGAAGAGGGGGGAAGAUUGCACCUGAAGAGGAAUAUAAUACGGGAUGAAAGGAGACACCCCAGUGAACAGCACCAUGAGUGUCGGCCAAGCCAGGAAGCUGGUGGAGCAACUGAAGAUAGAGGCUAGUUUCUGCAGGAUAAAGGUAUCAAAGGCAGCAGCCGACCUGAUGGCGUACUGUGACGCACACUCCUGCGACGACCCCCUGAUCACCCCUGUGCCCACCUCAGAGAACCCUUUCAGGGAGAAGAAAUUCUUCUGCGCUCUGCUUUGAGAACAAUCAGGGAUUGUUGUGAUCAAAAGUACAACUGUACAGUAUGUACAUGUAUGUACAGUGUGUACAUGUACUUUCAAUCUAAAUAAGACAUCAAUGUAUUAUAGUAACCUUGCAUAAAAGCUGCCGAUGUACAGUACAUAAUCAACUACCAAAUGUCUUGAACUAAAUUCUUAAACUGCUAACGUCUGUAUCACUGUUAAAGGAGAAUAACACAAACAACGUUGAGAU